CAACGUGAGCCCCGGAAGGGGAAGCGCUGGGUCGCGGAGGUGCCACUUUGGCCUCCGAGGCGGUGGCGGCAGUGGGGGUGGGUGGAGGCGCCCACUGAUCUCGCAGGUUCCCCGCGCCCAGCGGACGCGGCCCGUCUCAGGCCGCUACUCUGUGAGGAGCCGCCUCGGCACCCGCUGCGUUCCUUCCCCCUGGGAGUAGUGGGGUGCUGGGCAAGGCCCCGCUGCCUCAGGUGAGGGCCGGGCCUGCCACGGCCCAGGGCCGCUCCCUCCUUCCAGCACUACCCGUUCCACCCCUGGGUGGCCUCAGGGGGAUAGCGGCUACCGCAUGCCGGGCCUGGAGGGGCCGCAGCUGGGGGCCGAGCCGGCCGGAGCCACUGGGCAAGAGAGACAUGGCUGAAAGCCUCUCCUGGGAGCUCGGUGUCUGUACGGGUUAAGGCGUGCCGGGCGAGGUGGAAAAGUUGCUGUUGAAUUUCACUUAAAGGGACUGGAGGGAAAGCGGCGAAAUGGAUGACUUCAGCUCCAUCUGCCUGCUGUCUCUGGCCAUGCUGGUCGCCUGCUAUGUGGCAGGAAUUAUCCCCUUGGCAGUUAAUUUUUCAGAGGAGAGAUUAAAGUUGGUGACUGUUCUGGGUGCUGGGCUGCUGUGUGGAACUGCCUUGGCAGUCAUUGUGCCAGAAGGAGUACAUGCACUUUAUGAAGACAUUUUGGAGGGCAAACAUCACCCAGCGAGCGAGAUACAGCAUGUGAUGGAGUCUGAGAAGGUUGCGGAAAUCCCGGUUGUACAUGAGUAUGGCCAUGACCAUUCCAGGUUGCAUGCCUACAUUGGUGUAUCCCUUGUCCUCGGCUUUGUCUUCAUGCUGCUGGUGGACCAGAUAGGCAGCUCUCACGUGCACUCUACAGAUGAUCCAGAAGCUGCAAGAUCAGGCAACUCCAAAAUCACCACGACGCUUGGACUAGUAGUCCAUGCUGCAGCUGAUGGUGUUGCAUUGGGUGCAGCAGCUUCCACUUCUCAGACUAGUGUCCAGUUGAUAGUAUUUGUUGCGAUUAUGUUGCACAAGGCACCAGCUGCUUUUGGCCUGGUUUCCUUCCUGAUGCAUGCUGGGCUGGAACGGAAUCGAAUUAGAAAACACUUGCUGGUCUUUGCGUUGGCAGCACCUGUUAUGUCCAUGGUGACAUAUUUAGGGCUAAGCAAGAGCAGCAAAGAAGCCCUUUCAGAAGUCAAUGCCACCGGAGUUGCUAUGUUGUUUUCUGCUGGGACUUUUCUUUACGUUGCCACAGUUCAUGUCCUCCCAGAAGUAGGAGGAAUUGCUCAUAGCCACAAACCUGAAUCAGCCGGAGGAAAAGGACUCAGUCGUCUGGAGGUGGCAGCCCUAGUAUUAGGAUGCCUUAUUCCUCUAGUUUUGUCCAUUGGACACCAUCACUAAACGUUCAGAUUUCACCGUUCUUCUUGAUCUGACAUGAGCAGUAAAUGUUGGCUGCUCCCUUUAUCAUUGUCUCUUACCCAUCAUCCAUCCCAUCCACUUUAUGGAGUUCAGAGGGAACCUUGAUUGCAAAAUGAGGAAUACUGGGAAAGGUUUUAGCGUAGCAAAAUGUACUUUGGCAGCCGGACUUAAAUUCUCUGUAACUUUCUUUUCUGAAGACAUUUGCUAUUUUAAUUGUUACUUCUGGCCCUAUUCUCAGGGAAGAUGGAAUUUGGAGUUUAAGAAAGGUGAGUGGGGAAGAACAUAAUAGCGACUCAUCACGAAAUUGCAAUCACCAAAGUAUCCUGCAAUUCAGCUUUCACAGCUGAGAGCAAAGACAAAGGAUGGCUGCCUUGUGAGAGGCUCUCCCCCAUCGGUUCUGUGUCGUCCUGAUAGUGCGAAUGGUCUUGUAAUGUUUGUCACUAAUUAUAUUGCGAAAAUGGGCUACACUUGGAAUUCUGGACAGCACUGCUGUUGUCACAGAAUUGUCACUAUAAGAAGGAAAUGACGUAGGCAAAAUGUAGGAUUAGAAUAGGAAAUCAGCUGGUUGAGAAAGUGCAAAAGAAUUUUGCAGUGUAUUCCGUUAUUUAAGACAAAACAGAAGCAAGGAGAAUAUUGAUUGUUUGUGCAAUUGUUAAUAAAUUUUAAAAGGCAGUAUUUCUUGGGAGAUGGUCUUCUGCCAAGUCAGUAAAGCAUAGGCACCAGAAAUGUUAGGAGGAAUUUGGUAUUGGAUACUGUGAUUACAUUACUGCUACUGUUGAGAGAGAUAUCCAUAGCGUCCUUUGAAAUCGAGCUGUUCUGGGCUCUGAGGAGUAGAAAUCCGGUGGAGACAGCUGUUGAGGGACCAGAGAACUUUACUAGCUCAUCUUCAAAAGUCUGAACUGCUGAAAUCGGUGGGGAGGGGAUUCAUUAAAUAAAAGGUAUUAAGGCUAGCAAAGCAAGAUGUUUAGUUAAAUAUUUAUGUUGCAGAUAGAACUGCUUUAGAAAGACUUUGUACUCUAAAGAAAAAAUCCCCAACAAACAAAAAACCAAACUGGUGGGUUCCCAGCAGACCUGUUAGGCAUUUUACUUUUCCUUUAGGAAUUGCAUGUUUGCCUCUUACUGAUAAGCAUUAGUUUUGGUGAAUCUACUGGAGGACUUGUUGCCAGCUGCUGAUACCUGAGAGGUGACUGUGAGAAGAACGAGGUGGCAGAGGAGUAACAAAAGAUCCCUCCCUUUUGAAGGCACAGCCUUCUCUUGCCAGGCACCAUUUCUCUUAUGCAAAAUAUAUUUAUACUCUUAAUAACUGUAGUGCAUUGGAAAGUCAGGAAUGCUUGACGUGCACAGAUUCAACAUAAAAUUCUUUCUUUAGAGGAAAACUUUUCAAUGGUCUACCCUUUUUAAACUAUACUCUGUCUGCACUUUUUAAAGAUAACAUUGCCAAAUAGGUUUUUCUUUUGACUUUCUUUAAAUGUAUUUUCAAGGCUUGAAAUGUCUUCUUAACUGAAGUGCUUCUUGUUUUCAUUUGAAUGAGUGUGUCUGUUUUUCAUAACAUUUAUUACUGAUGCUACACAGGCCGUUGUGCCUCUUAAUGUCUUUACAUUUUUGUCAUUGUCCUGUUUGUCUACUAGUCCAAUAGCAGGUAUGGCCUGGCUCUUGGACUAGUCAUUGCUUUGUCUGUUGGUUUUGUAACAAUACAGGUGUAUCCCAGGAUUGAACCUGGUAUUGGUCCCCAGGAAUGCUUGUUAAUUUGUGCGUUUUACUGUGUAAAAUCAAUGCAAAAUCAUUAGAAGUUGUUUUUUCCCACAAGACAGUAUUUUCAGGUAGAAUUAGUGUAUUAGGCCUAAACAAGCAUUUUUGACAUCAGACCUCCAAAACUUCAUUCUGUUCUGAAAAGCCACUUCAAAGUUAGUGACAUGGAUGAGGUCCUUUCCUGCACAUUCUUAAACUUUUUUUUUUUUUACAACAUACAUAUGCAACUAGUUAAGUUGCCUGUUUAAAAAGUUCAGUGAUACAGGUUACUGACACAUGUGAAUGAUACAUAGGCAUGUUUACACCAGAGCUCUCAGUGUUCUUCCUGAUUGCCCCCUAAUUACCUUCUUCCUUGAUAAUCUCACUGGUUUACUUUGCUUAAUCUUUACAAUUAACUUUCCAAAAGCUGGAGAGUUUGGAAGAUCUGCAGCAGAAGCAGGAGAUAGCUUAGUGCAGCAUCAGAUGCUUAUGUUUUACAAAACGGUAGCUGUGUGGUUUUUUUUCUUUAAACUAUCACCUGUCACUUGCACCCCACCCCACUGGUUAGGCUGGCAUCCUCACUGUUCCCACUUCGGCCUCAUUUUGUGUAUAAUGAUAGCAAUGUUCUGGGGAGGUUUGUAAGUAAGGUCCCAUUUCAUGCAUUUUGUUGCUGUGUUGGAGCAUGUGGCUAGUACCUGAUAUGGGUGAGUGUGUAUUGAGGAGGAUGUGGCAACCAGCCUUUUCACCGCUGGCAUAACCUCUGGCGUAUUCAUCAUUAGAGGUGCCACUGCCGAGAGGACUUGUCGUGUGUCUUUUCUCCUGUCCCUCGCAUCGUGUUUCCAAUUUCUGGGGCAGCCACCAGUUUAAUGAUUCGUGAACUACAGAGGCCAACUUAUAGCAGCAGGUGAGGGAUUUUGAGUGAAAACAUUGGAACUUAAAAUUGGCACAAAAAUUCUGAUAACAUGUACUUUUCAUUUUGGCACUCAGUUAAGUGAUAGAAGACUUGUGAUUUUUUUUUUUAAUUAUUUCCCCCCACACCCAUUUAGAAGUAGCAACAGCAUUUUCUUUUGGCUGCCUCUGUUAUCUCUGUUUUGAGCUAUUAUUUUCAAUUCUGUAGCUGAAACUGCAGUGACCAAGGAAGCUUUUGGUUAUGUGAUAAGGAGAAUAUAAAAUUUUAAAUGAUCAAACACUUCCAAAUUGUUAGUUCCACAUGGAGAAUUAUUUUCCUGAGGCAGAGUAUUUUAAUGAGUUAAAUAAAAUGGUCCGUUUUAUCAUAUCCCCUUUUUUAACCUAUCUCCCCAUCUGUCACAGUAAAUCCAAGCACUGUAUGUAGUCAGGGCCAUCUGGUAUCAUUUUCUACUCCUCAGGGGACCUUGGUGCAAACAAAUUCCUCUUACUCUCUCUGUAAUAGCCAUCUCUGCCUGUGGUUUCUACUGUGAGGGAGGUGGCAGCAGGUCUAGCAGGUAACGCUUUAACCAAGUGCCAGGCACGUCCCCCUUUCCUUCUGUAAAUCCCUCUAGGAAUUGUAUAAUCUUCUCGUCAGCUGUUUUUUUGGUUAAUGAUUUCUUAAUUGGAAAUAGGAAAUUGGACUAAAGCUAUUUCUGUUGACCCGGGUGUGUUCAGGUACUUUCCCUGCUGUUCUGAUUCUUUUAUUGUUCCUUAUAUAAAGAAGGGAAAUACUUUUUCAGCUCCUGGUGACAGAUGCAGAAGCUGUACCGACACUAACUUAAGUGAGGAUGGCAGAGCUGUCACACCAGGAUAGAAAUUUUUGAUAGUUGUGGGAUGUCAGGUGGCUGGGUGUUAAACACAGAAACCCACUGUUGCCUUUAAAGAACCAUUUCCAGGCGGAUUCUGUAAAAGGCCUAGGAAAACUACUCUCUCUAUUCAGGAACUAGUUCAGAGCCCUCAAGGAGCUUUUGACAGUAGCAGAUGUGUCCGCGUGGUAUCAGGUCUGUGUGGAAUAAGGGAGAGAUGCUGUGGAGUAAAUGUUGCUGCUGCUGCCUUCCUGUUCUGUGCUGGGACUUGCAAAGAAGAGGAGGGAAGUGUAUUUUUAUUCUUUUGGGGGUGGAAGGAGGAGGAGUGGUUGCAGUAUGGUGGGAAAGCUUAUGAUGAAUUUCAGAUUCUUCAUGAUGAAUUUCAGAUUCCUGCUCACCUCAAACUUCUUUUAAAAAUAAAUUUAUUUUUUGUUUUCUUACUGUCCUUUUAUUACAUCUCUUAGCAGCCUUGGCUUUCCAGGGAAAAACACUGCGUGGUCAUUGCUGUUUACCUGACUCCAUGUAUGGAACUGUAAUUUUAAUGUCUCUUUUUCCAAACCAUUUGUACACAAAAUCAUUCCAUGAAUGGCUGCCUUAUGAUUUUUCCACUUUAAUUGUGAAUGGUUAAAAUAAUGUUGCCGUUUUCGAUUUGUUUUAUUAUAUUAAAUUUUUACUAGGUGCA